AUGCAUACUUCGCAUCUUAUUGCGACACUUGCGACAGUGUUCAAGGUUGCCGCCGGUGACUACCUGGCAAAUGUCAAUGACACGACUGCUGUGAAUUCGCAGAGCUCGUGCCCUGGUUACAAGGUUACCAGGAUCCGCUCCAAUUCACUUGGAGUCGAGGCAACCCUGACUCUCGCCGGAAGUGCGUGCAAUUCUUACGGGACUGAUAUUGAGAAACUCAAGCUCUCCGUUGCCUACCAAGAUGAACAUCGUCUAGCUGUUAGCAUCGAACCAGCGGAAAUGGUCCGUAACAAUUACGCCAUAUUUGACUCAACCGCCAACAGCCUGCCUGGCCAGUAUGACCUGCCAGAAUCUAUCCUUUCCAAACCCUCGGGAAAUGUCGAGAGCGGGGCAUCAAACCUCCAGUUCGUCUGGGGGGACGAGCCUAGCUUCUGGUUUCAAGUCCGGCGCCGAGCAACUGGAGAUGUGCUCAUCAGCACCAAAGGGACUAAGCUAGUCUUUCAAAACCAGUUCAUCGAGUUCGUAACCUCUCUUCCUACCAAUCACAACAUCACCGGCAUGGGUGAGCAGGUUGCCCCCCUGCGUCACCUGCCCGGUUACGUUGCGACUUAUUGGAACGUGGAUCCAGCAAACCCCUGGUACCGUAACGAAUAUGGCAGCCACCCAAUCUACCUCGACACAAGGUUCUAUUCUCCCACGGAUGCCGAGCAGACCAAGGGUUAUACCCAUGGGGUAUUCUGGCGUAAUGCCCACGGCCUGGAAUCAAUCUUGGGCACUCAGAAUCUUACGUGGAGGGCUAUCGGAGGAAGCAUCGACCUGUACAUCAUGGAUGGCCCUAAACCUACGGAUGUCAUAUCACAAUACCUUAACCACGUGGCGGGCCUUCCUGCCAUGCAGCAAUACUGGACUCUUGGUUACCAUCAGAGCGCCUGGGGAAUGCAUGAUUGGGGCGUCGUUCAGAACAGCAUUGACGAGUUUGCUAAGAACAACAUCCCAUUGGAAACCAUGUGGGUCGACAUUGACUACAUGCACAACAAUCAAGACUUUAGUAUGGACCCGGAUAGGUUUUCUCCCGAGCAAGGCAAGGCAAUACUUGGUCGGCUGCACGCCAACGGUCAACAUUUUGUCCCCAUCAUCGACGCUGGCAUCUACUACCCUCCGGCCAACGAAUCCGAAAACACUCCCUAUUCUCGUGGCCAUGAGCGCGAUGUGUUCAUCAAGAACCCCGACGGUUCAGAAUACGUUGGUCAACAUUGGCCAGGCCCCGUAGUCUGGGCUGAUUUCCAUAACCCGGCAGCUACAGAUUGGUGGGCUGGUGAAUUCUCCCGUCUGCACGAGAUGCUCGACUUUGACGGCAUUUGGAUAGACUUGAACGAGCCCGCGAGUCAAUGUGAUGGGAGCUGUGGCAACCCUCCGGCGAAGUCGACGACGGGUCAAGCAGACAGCAGGAACUUGGACAACCCCCCUUACAAGAUAUACAACGUAAAAGACGGGCUUGGCGAAGGGACAAUGGCAAUGAAUGCUACGCACUCGGACGGUGUCGUCGCCUACGAUGUGCACAAUGCCUUUGGCCAUUCCAUCCUUCACGCCACCAACAUUGCCCUGUCAAGACUCAGCCCCAAACGCCCGUUCAUCAUCGGACGGUCGACCUUUGCUGGCUCCGGGCAGUACGCCGGUCACUGGGGCGGCGACAAUUUCGCCGCCUGGGACAACAUGGCUGUCUCAAUUCCCAUGGGCAUCAAAAUGUCCAUCUACGGCAUUCCCAUGUACGGUGUCGACACGUGUGGCUUUUUUUGGGAUGUGAGCACCGAGCUAUGCGGUCGAUGGAUGCAACUCUCCGCGUUUUUCCCCUUCUACCGAAACCACUACUCAUCUGGCAGUCUCCCUCAUGAGCCAUGGAGAUGGGCUGACGUCGCCCAAUAUUCGCGGGAUGCAAUCGCUAUUCGGUAUUCAUUGCUCCCUUACAUGUAUACGUUGUUCCACCACGCUUCGACAGCAGGUGACACUGUCCUACGUGCGCUCUCCUGGGAGUUCCCCGAUGACCCCUCCGUCGUCGCUGUUGACACACAAAUGAUGCUUGGUCCGGCUGUCAUGGUGUUGCCCGUUCUCACUCAAGGCGCAACUUCUGUCAGUGGUGUCUUCCCAGGCAAGGAACCUUGGUAUGACUGGUAUGAGCGCAAGGCUGUCCCAUCUGAGUGGCAAGGCUCUAAGGCUACCGUAUCGGCCCCGCAAGGUCAUAUACCAGUGUACAUUCGCGGAGGGAGCAUCCUUCCGCUACAGCAGCCUGGUAAUACCACGAGGGAUAGCCGGCGGAACCCUUGGGAUGUGCUCGUGGCCCUCGACCAGCAUGGCGAGGCAUCAGGAAAUUUGUACUUGGAUGACGGAGAGAGCGCCGAUCAACCUGCAACGAAAAAGGUGCUCUUGGAAGCUGGGUCGCGCAGCCUCACCAUUGAUGUGAAGGGAAAUUUUGAGGCCCAGGAUGGCGUGACCCCGCUGGCCAGCAUCAGUAUCAUGGGUGUUCCUUCGCUCCAAGCCAAACCCAAAUUCAACGGCAAGGUCGCCAAGUCAUACAGCUACGAUUCUGACAAGAAAAUGUUAAACGUCUUCAAUUUGGAGCAGUCGACAACUGGUGGAGCUUGGCGGCGUGCCUGGACUUUAACAUGGUAG